ACGUUGUUGUUGUUGUUGUGCACUCAUCUCAUUUGUUACCAAAAAAAAAUUGCAUUUUGCAUCACUUAGAUAUGACGAGGAGAUUUAAACUCAAGCUCUCUAUGCCUUCUUUUCGCUUUUGUCGACCCAAAAAAGCUUCUUUUUUGCCUAAAAGUCCAAUGCCACUUUCACUAUACAAAUUUUCCCCUGCCAAUAUACUUGAUAAUUCCCCUGUUCCAGUACCUCCCUCAACCCCACAUCACCCUUACAUACUCAGAAAAGCUCAUAACUUGGCAAGUAAAACAUACAAUUCGCCGAGUUCUGAAUAUUCCGAUCAUGAUAACAACAACAUGAGAAGGGGGGAAAGUAGAAAAAGUAGGUUAAAUAUGAGUUUUUCCUCUGUUGAUAGUGGCUGGUUCAGUUUCAACAGUGAGUGUUGUGAUGAGAAACCUAAUGAUGAAACUGAAAGCUUUAUUUCUUCUCCAAGUUUUGAAUCAUCAUUCGAUGUGGAUCAUGGGAUAGAUCCUUUAUCCGGGAUCAGAAGGAAGAAAAAUAAUAAUAACACGAAAGUAAGGAGGCUCAGACGUUACCUUUCAAACAGUUUAAAAGAUUCUAUGAUGCCAUGUAUGGCUGAUGGAAAAGUGAAUGAGAGUUUUGCUAUAGUGAAAAGAUCAGUAGAUCCUUACGAUGAUUUUAAGAAUUCAAUGAAGGAAAUGAUAAUGGAGAAAGAGAUGUUUGAAGCAGAGGAUUUAGAACAACUUUUGCUUUGUUUUCUUAGUCUUAAUUCAAGACACCAUCAUGCAAUUAUCGUGGAAGCUUUCACUGAGAUUUGGGAGGAGUUGUUUGGUAAAUCUUCAAAGUCUAUGGAUUUAAAGCUACCAAGAUUUCAAUGAACAAUUAUACUUACCAUCAUAUUGGUUCAAAUUCAACUUGAAAAACCUAUACAAGGAGCAUCACAUCACAUGCUAUUUUUUCAUUUGUUUCAUCAUAAUCUGGUUAUUGUGCUUUUGCUAUGUCUUUUUACAUUACUCCCUUCAUUUCAAUUAGUUUGGUUUACCUUCCUUUUCAUUUCAAUUAGUUUGG